AUGACGAGCGCCCCGACCCAGGAAAAGCCCAAGUGGCAGCUGUAUCUGGAGAAAGAGGAGCUAGAGCUAGAAUGGCCAGAGGUCAUCACUGAUGACCUCUUCCCUAUCGCCACUUCGCUCCUCCUCGACGAUGGCGAUCCCGUCGCUGCUUCUCAAAAAGCCGCACGCGAAUUCAUGGAUAUUCUUGUCAACAAAUGGGUACCAAAGGAUACCCAGCGUCGCACAUACGAUGAGCCAGAUGACACUCCUCCGCUUUACACGGAGGAGCAGUCUCUCAACUCAAAUUUCCAGUGCUUGGGGGAUUUCAUCUACGGCCUCGUCCCCGAGCUACCAUAUCCAAGCAUUGAGCACGAUAAGAUCCUCUACUUUCUUCUACACAUCAAAGAACUUGGAAACCAAGCAAAUUUUGAUUCACAGAAAAAUUCCGAUCUCAAGUCCUUCCAUUACGGUUUAGAGUGCGAUGCAUCCGAAUGGGCCGGUGCGGUCGACGUCCCACCCACAUUGGAAGAAUCAGAGAAGCAUCUCUGUGACCGACCACGAUCCCUGUACGCCAUGCUUGCCAAAUUGCUUGCUGCAGGAGUGAUGCGCGUGAGGAUCUUGAAGUUGAUUUCAUAUGACUUACACAUGCUUCUCGGGAUAGACAAGAGGAAGCCACCUCCUUCAGAGUUUGAGCGACAACACCAUAGCAGCGUUUGGGCCGAGUAUAUCCUCAUAGCGGGGCAGGAACUGGCCAAGGAGGUUAAGAACCCCUGCGGAGAAUUGAAGUUUCCCUUGACCGCAGUGGAGUGGAAGGCUGGUGCCGAACACCUUGCAAAGGUCGCCGAGAAGACUCCAGAGGAUGCGCCGUGGGACCUGAAGCGGCGUGCCCAAAAUGCAUACCAGCAAAUGAGGGAGCUUGUCCCCGAGGCAUUUGUUGAGGAAGUGGAUAAAUGCGAAACGUCGACUUAG